AGGCUUCUGAGGUGAAUCAUUAGGUGCAAGGAGAGGCGGCUCUGGCGCCAAUUGAAUCCUGGGUUGAUGAGGGGGAAAAAGGGCUUUCUCAUGAGGCAAGCUGAAGGCCGUGGCUCGCUAUUUGCCAGAUUGGGGGGGGGGAGGGUAAGGGGAGGCAUACGCUGCGGCCCUCCCUCAGAGUGGGCACCAAGCAAGCCCAUCUCUUUGAGGUAGCUUCCCCCCACAGGCCCAGCACUUAAAAGAGGUUGUAAAGGACAAAUUAGCAUGAAAAAAGAAAAGAAAAAGUCAAGGGAAUAAGCUAGUCUGAAGAGCAAGAGAUUCCUAGCUGCUGCUAAAGCGGCGGACAAAAGGAACUAAGGCGGUAGCCCCUCCCACUGGCUAUAUACCUUCAUGGGGAGUGGGCGGGGCUUCUGCCAAAAUGUAUCUUAGAGCUCUAGAAGAUUCCGAACGGACUGCGCAGGCGCAGGGAAAUACCAUAUGUGUGAUUUCACAGAGACCACGACGGAGAAGGUUGAGCGAAGGAAGAUAGAUGCUUUUGAACUCUCGUGUUGGAGGAAAAUCCUGAGAGUGCCUUGGACCGCAAGAUCCAACCAGUCCAUCCUCCAGGAAAUAAUGCCCAGCUGCUCACUGGAGGGAAGGAUAUUAGAGGCAAAGUUGAAGUAUUUUGGCCACAUCAUGUGAAGACAGGAAAGCUUGGAAAAGAUCAUGAUGCUGGGGAAAAUGGAAGGAAAAAGGAAGAGAGGCCAACCAAGGGCGAGAUGGAUGGAUGGUAUCCUUGAAGUGACUGGCUUGACCUUGAAGGAACUGGGGGCGGCGACGGUCGACAGGGAGCUCUGGUGUGGACUGCUCCAUGAGGCCACGAAGAGUCGGAAACGACUAUGCGACUGAGCAGCAGCAUUCAUAUGCAUUAGGUCUACCCAAGAAAGCGAUAUGACCUCAUACUUGUACAAAUCAGUGAACUAAGAAACAGCAAUACUGAGGCAAUGGAUAUUCCCAAAGGGUUGUAGGGGUUAGAGAGCCAAUGUCCAGUUACUUAGACAAGUGUAUCUUAGCCACAGACACGAAGUGAAACAGCACAGGCUGAUCGUGAGCAGUCAGCCAGGAAAUAAACUUUUUCAUUCUUAUCUCAGUGCUUUUGUAACCCACUCAGCUGCAGAAACUCUUUGUGAAAUAUACAGCUUUAUUGCCCGAAGCCACUAUUCCACAGUGGUCACGUGAGCAGUUAUAGUGUAUAUAGAUUGACACAAUAACGCCUGUUAUCAUACUUAUUCUCAUUUGCACAGUAGCACCAAUCCAUGGUCUUGCAAUUGUACUUCUGUAUAGCCUCAAAGCCCCACAUUUCAGCACUUCUGAUAUGCUAUAUAUAUAUUUAAUAUUUUUAUAUGUUAAUAACCCCUAUGCCCUAAUUUAUGUAAGAUAAUUUUUAAAAACUCUGGAAUAGGAGAUGGGGAGAGGAGGACAGGAGAAUAAUCUUGUCCCCUCAUGUUACUUGAGGCAGUGCAAAACUGGAACGAUCCCAUCUCUUAAAAAUAGAUGAUGGGAACACGGCUGGAUUGGCAGCUGUUGAUAAGUUUUGCCCUUCAGUAGUAAGAGAUGGGUUAUUUGCAGAGAGGAAGUAGUCCAGCAAUGGGAUAUGCAGUGUUGUGUGAUAAGGACCAUCACCAAAGGUUAGAACAGAAGCAGGACCAUCACCAAAGAUGAUGAUCCUACUUUAAUACCAGUUUGCCUCCCUUUUGUGAUAUAGUCCAAGGUUUUAGUAGUGGCCUAUUCUAAAACAACUUUGUAACCCUUUCUAAGAUAUUUAUAGAAGGAUUUGAAUGCACAGAUAUAAAAUGCUAAGAUUUUAUCAUAAUCAUUUGAAACAAUAUUCCAUCCUUCCAAUUAUUACCAUCUUGAGGUGUCUUAAGUUCCCAAGAAGAGUUCCUUAGAUAAGCCUGUCCAUGUGCCCCAACACCUGCAUAUGCUCCCAGAUUAAGAAAAAGGACAUGUCUAUUUCCUGCAUGUUAAAUGAUCCAAAUAAUCUGAAACAGCUUUCAAUUGCCUCUUUUUCUCCAUUCGGUUCAAACCUGAUAUACAGCAACAAAAAAGAUGCAAUAAUAAUAAUAACUAAUCGCUGUCAAAAGUAUGGUGUAGCUAACUACACCUCACAGUCAAAUGUUGUUCAAUGGCUGUCAUUAAAGAGAGUUUGUGCAAUAACACUACCCUAUCAUUAAAUCUCCUAACUGCAGAGGCAAUUUUCCACAAAGUCAAAAUGAGAUUUGCACCUGUAGCACACGGAACAGAGCUUUGCCAUUAUUUUUUGACAUGAUUACAGAGUUACUUUACUCUGUGGGCUAUGUUCACAUUAGCAUCAAAAUUAAAGAACCAUUCAAUUCCCCUGUUCUUACUUAAUAAACGUCAGGAACUGACUUACCAAAUUACUGAUUUUUUUUAAAAAAAAACUGGGAACCAAGCACAGCAUUUUUGUGUUUUUACAUCAUUUAUGGAAGAAUCAUUUUAAUUACUCUAUGGGACUGCUCCGGCUGGCUAUUAGACUUGCUAAUAAGCAGCAGGCUAGGUGCUCCCACUGGGGAGGGACUGUCAAUCAAAGCUGUAGCAGUUAUAUAGCAAAGGGAAGGUCUGGCUAAAUCCACAUGUACUGUAUCGAGGCUCCUUGCAGAGACUGGCUAUUACACUGGAAAGACAGAUUUGUUUCAGCCACAGAGAGCUUAAUAAGGAAAAAAGAGACGGACAGACAAAGUGGAGCAAGACAGGAUUGAGACCUGCAUUAAGAACAGCAAGCAUUUCCUGAAGAGAAAGCUGCCUUCACCACCAUGAAUACCUCCCUGGCUCAACCACUCCAUUAUGCAGAAGGCUAUGAACCCUGGGUUUCCAAAGAGUGGAAGGUGGCAAUCCCAGCCUUCUUGGGGGUCAUCUGCUUGGCUGGCUUUGCAGGAAACGUGUGCGUCAUUGGGAUCCUACUGUACAACUCCAAAAAAGGGAAACCUUCUAUGAUUCAUUCUUUGAUCCUCAACCUCAGCUUUGCAGACCUUCUGCUGGUCCUUUUUGUUGUGCCGUUCAGAGCAGCUGCUUACUCCAAGGGAGCCUGGUCUCUGGGAUGGUUUCUUUGUAAAACCUCAGUCUGGUUCCAAGAUGCUUGCAUGACAGCCAAAAGCUUGACCAUUGCUGUGGUAGCCAAGACUUGCUUCAUGUAUGCAAAUAACCCAGCUAAACAGGUGACUAUUAAGUGGCACACCAUCUGUGCUGUGCUGUUGGUGAUUUGGCUGGUGGCCUUGGGGAUCCCAUUGCCCUUGUGGUUUUUUAGCAGCCUCCGGGAGUCAGAGAGAGGCUCUGCUUUGUGCAUCAUGGUGAUCCCAUCUCAAGCCCAUGAGUUCAUGUCAGCUUUUGUCAAGCUCUAUCCCUUAGCGGUAUUUUGUGCACCCCUUACCUUUGCUUUCUUUUAUUUCUGGAGAGCUUAUGGCAGGUGCCAGCGAAGGGGGACCAAGACACAAAACCUGAGAAAUCAAAUCCGAUCCAGGUGUCUAACAAUGAUGCUUCUGAGAGUUACUGUCACCUCGACUGUGAUGUGGCUUCCCAACUGGAUAUCUUGGCUGUGGCUUUGGCACCAGACGAAAUAUGGGCCAGCUCCUCCACAAGGCUUCAUGGCCACUACUCAAGUUGUGAUGUUUGCUAUCUCCUCAGCGAACCCUUUCAUCUUCGUACUUAUGUCUGAAGAGUUCAGAGAGGGCUUUAAAGGCUUGUGGAAAAGGCUUACAAUGAAAAAGCCUCUGCCUAGUCCAGAGGAUCAAGAGAAAACAGCAGCUGAAAAUGACUCGGAGGGAAUCCCAGAACCCGUUUCCAUUCCUUCGCCAGAGGCAGUGACUCCAGAUCAAGAGAAAGAACCCCCUCCCUUGUCGCAUAGCUCAGAAAGCAUGGAAAUAAAGAAGGAGAUGCCCGUUUUGCCCGAUGUUGAGCAAUUUUGGCAUGACAGAGAAGCAGUCCCUGAUGCUCAAGACAACGACCCCAUUCCUUGGGAACAUGAAGGACAAGAGACAGAAAAGAAACCCAUUUGAAAUCUCCUGUCACCAUUACAACAUUAAUCCCAUUUUUCUUGUUGAUGUUAAAGUAAUCUUUUAAGAUAUGAAGAAAGAGAAGGAACCUGAUUCCCACCGAUGAUCUUUCCGAAGUGUCCUUCUGGUAUCAGACCAUGACACAUCUGAAGAUCGUACCUAAUAAGAGGGGAAACCUGAGCUUACUACACACAGUUUCUGCAUUUAGGCCACACAGUUCAAAGUUUUGGUCUACUUUUAAUUACAAAUUUUAUCUACUAUUUAGACAUCAAUGCCUUUGCAGAACAGGAAGGCAGAAUACCCAUGCUGAUUCAGUUCCACACAAGAUAGAUGUACCUGAAAUUGAUGCUGCAAAUUGUAACUUGUCCCCUAUUAUAAUUUUUCUAUUUAUGUACUGUUCCCAUUUUUUCUGUUAUCUGUUAACAGUCUUUGAAGCAUGCCAUUACAUGUUACUAAUAAUCCUCUCCCCCCUUUUUUGUAUUAUCCUUGGAUUAUUACAAUUGAUGAGUUAGCCCAAACUGCCAGGCUAAUGUGGCUCUUAAAGGAAAAAACAAUUGAACAUUUACUGACAGGUUGGAAGCGGUUUAUGACUUGUUGAAUAAUAAUAAGAAUAAUGUAAUAGUUUGUGGUUAUGAGUAUUAACAAUUCUAAUAGGAUCUGUAAUGGUAGAAUUAUAUUUUUGUUUUGCCAUUUUUUCUCUUAAUAAUUAAUUACAGUUCACAUUGGGAGGGCUAGAAUCUUAUGAUCUUUUAACGAGUAAUAGUUACUAUUUAGUAUUUUGUGUAUUAGGGUUCCAUAAGGUUUAGUUUUAAAUUAUUUCUCCCCCCCUUCUAUAUAAAACCACAUAUGAUUUUGAUUCUUUUUCAUUCUUUUUUUUUCUUUCAUAUUUAGUAUGUUUUGUAUUUUUGUAUCAUUCAUAUUAAACAAUGAAUAAAAUGAGAAACUGGUAUAAUAAGAAUAAAAUUGUCUGUUUCAACA